AUGGAGCCUCUCGGACAGGGGGGGAAGGAUCUCGUGAGUGGUCAGUGGACGGUGGAGGAAGAGACUUACGGGUGGGAACAGUUUGAGACAAGCUCGAUCGAUGAAGGGGCUCCGCUUCCUGAAGACCAUCAACAAGGUCUUUUGCCAUGUUGUUAUGUCUGGUCUAACCAACUGAUCCAGACCAGUCAAGCACGCAAAAAGUGGCUGGAGGGGGCAAGAAAGCCAAGAGAGGCACGAGUGAUCCCGGGGGAGGGAGGAGAGGAGAGGAGCGGCGAUGGAGCUGCCCAAGAGAGCUCUGUUGAAGGUGCUCCAAGGAAGGAUAGGUCGAGAAUGGUGGACCCUGCACCUGCAGCAGGUAGCUGUCGUCCGGUAGGGAGGAAGGAAACUUCGGGGAAGAAUGACGCAAAGAAUGGUUUGAAAGAGAGUCUCAAGGUCAAGACAGGCAAGAAGUCCAAGUCAGAAGACAUGUACAGCGAUCUUACCUUCUUCUCAUCACCUUUCUGGAACGGUCCUCGGUCAGGGUUUGCGUACAAGAAGGGACCCAAAGGACUUGGUUACUACAGAGAUGCCUGGCUGAUGAGGAAGAAAAAGCUGCAAGAGAAGAGAAACAUAAGGGCGAAGGAAGGAGCGAAGAAGUAG